GCUAACCCCUUUAGCAGCUGAAGGGUUAGCCGGGCGUCACAAGACAGAGGGCAGCGCCAGGAGGUAAACAUUAACCACACUGCUGCUUUUACCUGUCCAAAUAAGUUUUUCGUUGACAGAGAACAUGGCGACGACUGUGUGGUCCAAAGGACAGAUGUUGUUCGGGUAUUCCUCGAGGCUGCACCGAGCAACCAGAGUGGUUGAAAAAAGGUGUUUUCCUGAAGACACAAGCUACUAUUCAUCCCACUCACUCCUACAGAGGUUUUCGGAGAGCGGAGACAAAGGCUGGUUCCGUUCCGUAUUUGCGCACAAACUGGAUGCCAGGAAAGAUGCCCACUCCAACCUGUUGUCAAAGAAAGAGACCAGCAGCCUGUAUAAAAUUCAAUUUCACAACGUCAAACCAGAGUGCAUGGAAGCAUACAACAGUCUAGAGGCUGAGGUGCAAACCAGGCUCCAUCAGGACCAGGAUUACCCAUGUGAGGUGGUCGGAAGCUGGAAUACCUGGUAUGGAGAACAGGAUCAAGCAGUGCAUCUAUGGCGAUACAGAGGAGGAUACCCGGCCUUGACUGAAUGCCUGAAGAAGCUGAACAAUGACAAGGCGUAUUUCGAGUUUCGCAAAGAGAGGGCAAAAAUGUUGGUUUCAAGGCGAAAUCAGCUCCUCCUGGAGUUCAGUUUCUGGAAUGAACCCGUGCCCAGACCAGGACCAAACAUCUAUGAAAUGCGAACAUAUUUUCUCAAGCCAGGAACCAUGAUUGAAUGGGGAAACCACUGGGCGAGGGCAAUCAUGCACAGACAGGAAAACAACGAAGCAAUCGGCGGCUUCUUCUCACAGAUCGGGGACCUAUAUGUUGUUCAUCAUUUGUGGGCGUAUGAAAGCCUCCAGUCCCGAGAGGACACCAGGAGCUCUGCCUGGCUGAAGGACGGAUGGGAUGCAAAUGUGUAUUAUACAGUGCCAUUGAUCAGAAGCAUGGAGUCUAGGAUAAUGAUCCCCACCAAAAGUUCACCCUUACAAUAGGAAGAUGGUGGAACCUGGGAGCAUGAACUAAAUCUCAUUCACCUAUUGCCAGAGCAAAAUGUAGUAAUCAUCAUAAUAAUACAUUUUAUUUAUCAGGUGCUCAAUUUGUCAGAUUGUUUUCAUCUGCUGGAUGAUCUGUAUUAAGUUCAAGUAUGUAAACUGAUUCAAUAAUUGCACAGCAGCCAGCCAGUUAUGCAAAGUAAUGGUGAAGAGUAGACUUUGAGGAUCCUGAAAUGCCCCCAGUUCAAGAAGUUUAGGUAAAAUAUGUAAAGCACGACAAUACUGGCCCCAUUAUAAUACCACAUGGUAUUUCUUCCACUACCUGCUUGUAUGUUACGCUAUAGAUUGUGAAUUACAUUUCAAGUGAGGUGUGUAUCCUGCUUUUUGUUUUUAGGAUGAAUAAUGGUAAUGGACCGUGUAUUUGUAUUUCACAAUAGUCUCCACUCAGGCUUUUAUGAUUGCACUUUUAUGACUGGAAAUGAAUCAUAGUGAAUGAGAUCACAAUGAGCUUCACAGCUGUUUGAUUGAAAAUAAAACUUGUCGAACCUCACACAA